AUGUCUCCUACAUCGUUCCUAUCAUUCUUGUUUAUGAUGGAAACUGAGGCGAUGAUCAACUCUCCCCAGUGGCAGCACCCGCCAACCCCAACCACACAAAAGACAGGAAUGGACGACGUCCUCAGGCCGCGAAGGCGUGACGUUCCUCUGGCUGCCGCCCAGCCCAAACCCGAUCGGGGAAAGCCUGGCUCAGUCCAAACAUUCCCAGCCCCAACUCGCCCAACUCGCCGCAGGGUGGCUCGUGCACGGGGCUUGCCGAUCGCUUGGCAACCUUCCGACGACGACCGCCAUCACCGACCGCCAAAUCUCAUCUCCCGCCCGCCCACCGCUUCGAGUCUUCCCGACUGCUCUCGCUCCUCCACGACGCUGCCAGGUGCCUCUGGUCGAUUUCGUCCGACGGCUCACCUCAUUUACUCUUUGGAAGCUGCAAAACUCUAUUCUAUCCGCGUUCUCGGAGUUGCGUUGGAAUGGGGGAAAUGUCCGUCUAGAACAUCCAGUCAGACGCUCCAGUCUCUGCCCAGCUUCUUCCAACUUCGACAAUAUGAUGUCCCCGGAUUGGCUCGUUUUCCCAAGCCGACGAGCCGCGAAGUCCAGGUCAUUCCCGACUCCAAACACCGGCCGGCUGUGAUCUUGAUUAGUCUUCUUCAUACUACUCCAUACUCUGUCCCUCCGGAUAUUGUUGGGCACGCUAUGAAAAAGGUCCAAAUCGUCUCCCCAACAAAGCGGCACGGCCACGGGGCAGCCAGACACUCCUGCAUUAUCGGAUCCUUCUCGCCCGCAUUACCUGGGGUAGCCACUGUCGCAGUCACUCGAUUGAGACAGGAUAUUGCCAAGUUUAGUCAUAGUUCCGACUGCGUCCAUCCGAACGCUCAACGAUAA